AUGCCUUUCUCGGCUCUUCCCACCGAAUUAGUUCUGGCAGUUAUCAAGUGCAUUCGAUCAGAAGCUGACGUCGCUCACUUCGGACAAACAUGUCGCAAUCUUUACGGGUUGGUCAUGCCGGAACUGUAUCGCCAAAGUUACCAAGACCAUGAGGCAGAUACCUUGUAUUGGGCAGCGGAGCAUGGUUACAGUCGGGUCGUGCAGCUUUUCCUGGAGGCAAAUACCCAUCUAGGAUUGGAGUCUUUAUCACCAUAUAUGAACCGUGCGCUUUCACUUUCGGCACAGCACGGACAGACAAGUGUUGCGAACACCAUAUUGCUCAUGGAAGGAGUCGAUCCAGAUAACAGGGACACAUCAAGCCUUCGAACACCAUUGUCAUACGCUUCACAACGGGCAUGCUCCAAUAUCGUGAAAUCAUUAUUUGAAACAAAUCUUGUCGAUCCAAAUUCAAAAGACAAAGUCUUUGGUCAGUCGCCACUCAUAUGGGCAGUACAAGGCCUAUCCAGUGAUAUGCAAUCUUCGGACAAUAAUUGCUUCGCUGUCAUCAUGUUAUUACUUGAAAAUGGUGCCCAUAUCGAAUUUCUCGACUAUGGUUAUCGCAGUGCUCUAUUCUGGGCCACUGCGAAGGGAACUGGCUCGAUUGCCUUGGUUCGUUUGCUUCUCCAAAAUGGCGCAAGACCAGAUGGUUAUGUAAGUGAGGAACAGCGUGCAAUGGUGAAAUCAAAUUGGCGACUCGGCUUGAAGGAGCGUGGCAAACAUCUGGAUUCGAUGACAGGAUGCCGACUUCCAAUGUCUCUGGCGGCAUGGAAUGGGAAUGAUGAUUUCAUAAAAAUCCUUCUUGAAUACAACGCAAAGAUAGAUUGUACUAAAAUCUCAGGUUUGAUUCUUAAUCAGCACCCCCUCGUGUGCGCUGCGACGAAAGGUCAUCUAUCGAGUGCUCGCCUGCUCAUGGAGCGAGGAGCAUGUCCCGAGAUAGCUGGAAAUCCUCUCCGUUGUGCAGCAAAGUAUGGCCAUGCAGAGAUGGUCCAGCUCUUGUUAGAUGAGAUGAUACAUCACUAUUCCCAAAUCACAGUUGGAGACGGAGGGGAUGAGAAGUUUGAAAGAGGUGGGUGUCUACUAAACCCAAAAACGCAUAACCCCAGCAAGUCGGCCAUGUUGGCCCUACCGGAUGGUAUAAAGUCUGGAAGUGUACGGGUUGUGAGGUCUCUUCUUACUGUUCCGGAAUUCGAUAUCAAUCAUCAAUAUGUAAAGGACCUAUUGAUGAUUGCAGUGAAGUGUCAACCACGAAAUAUUGAGAUUAUCAAAGCUCUUCUAGCCGUCGAUGGUAUUGAGAAGCAAAUCAAUGAGUCUCAGGACUUCGAAGGGAAUAAGGUGCUCACCUGGGCUUAUCAAAAUGGGUGUGAUAACGAAAUUAUCCAAUUGUUGGAAGAUAAGGGGGCACAAGGAGCAAGUGAGCCUUGCAGAUAUCAAGUGGAACGUCCACAAGAUGGACAACAUGAUGCACCGCUACUGAGGAAUGAUGGCUCUCGACUUCGUGCGUUCGACUCUUGGGCAUUUCAGAAUAGAUAUAUGGCUUAG